ACCUCGAAUUUUUCCCUCCUAUCCUGGCGAUUCAGGGACGCUGACGUUUUAGCCGGUAUUAAUCUAUUUGUCUUACUUUCUGCUUUUCUGCUUUUCUCCUUUUCUCACUUCGUUUCUUUUUUUUUUUUUCCCUUGCUCUUCUCAUCUUCUCCCAUAUCCCGUUCCCCUCGUGUGAUCUGCUAUUUUUCUUUUUCCUCCCAUUUCUACCCCGCCAUGGCAACCCCGCAGGAACUCGUCCCCCAGACAGAGUCUAUCGCUGAGGUCUACGCAACUGACGAUGCCUCCGUCACUUCAGUUGCGCCUCACCAUCAGUCUCGGUUUAACAACCUGGUCUCCCAGUUCACCAAGGUUUACAGCCAUCGUCCCGAUUUCGUGGCUCGCAGUCCCGGUCGCGUGAACAUCAUUGGUGAGCACAUCGACUACAACCUGUAUGAUGUCCUCCCCACAGCAGUAAGCGUGGACGUGAUUAUUGCUGUAAAGGUCGUCCCUGCGACUGGCUCCGACUCUGUUGUAAAGAUUGCCAAUGUCAACCCGGAGAAGUUCCCUACCCGCGAGUUCGUCGUGCCUCGUGACACGGACAUUGAAAUCGACCCUAAGAAGCAUGAGUGGGUUAACUACUUCAAGGCGGGGCUCCUGGGUGCCUUGAAGUUCUUGCGUAAGCAGAAUGCAGAUGGUUCUUUUGUGCCUGCUAGUAUGGAGGUUCUCCUGGAUGGUAAUGUACCUCCGGGUGGUGGUAUCUCUAGCAGUGCGGCUUUCGUAUGCGCCAGUGCCUUGGCUGUUAUGAAGGCCAACAACCAUGAUGUCUCGAAGCAGGAUCUUCUUGAUUUGGCUGUAGUGUCUGAGCGUGCAGUUGGCGUCUACUCCGGAGGCAUGGACCAAGCCGCCUCCAUCUUCUCUCGCCGAGGAUACCUCCUCUACACCCAAUUCUUCCCUAACUUCUCCGUUCAGCACGUUCCCAUUCCCAAGGCCGAUGAGGAAAUCACUUUCCUUAUGGCCCAGAGCUUCGUCACCUCCAACAAGGCCGAGACCGCUCCCCGUCACUACAACCUCCGUGUCGCUGAGUGCACGCUCGCUGCCGUGGUUCUGGCUGCCCGGAACGGCAUGACCCUCCCCAAGGACAACAGCUCCCUUGGAUUCAGUCUCCGUAACUUCCACAACGAAUUGAUGCGCAAAGAGGGCCGUCUCGGCGACCCCCUGGAGUACCAGAUCGACUCCGUCAUCCAGAGCACCCUGGAGCUUCUGACGCAAGAGGAAGGAUACACCCGCGAGGAGAUCGCCAAGCUCCUCGGUAUCACUGUCCCCGAGCUCGAAGCCAAGUACCUUUCUUCCUUCCCCGUUCAAGCAGAGCGUUUCCUCCUUCGUCAGCGCGCCCUGCACUGCUUCACCGAGGCCCGCCGAGUCUUGGACUUCAAGGCAUGCCUCGCGAAGGCGAGCACCCUCGAUGAAAGACGCAUCCAGUAUCUGGGCCAACUCUUGAACGAGUCUCAGGCUUCUUGCCGCACCCAGUACGAAUGCAGUGCACCGGAGGUGGAUGAAAUUUGCGACAUCGCUCGUCGGGCUGGCACCCUGGGUAGCAGACUGACCGGUGCCGGAUGGGGUGGUUGCACCGUCCACAUGCUCCCCCAGUCCAAGGUCGAAGCUGUUACCAAGGCCUUGAAGGAGGAAUACUACCUGAAGCACUUCCCUGAUAUCAGCGAGGAGAAAUUGGCUGAAGCCAUGGUCAUUAGCAAGCCGUCUAACGGCUCGUUCAUGGUCACGGGCGCAGCUAUUGCCCAGGUUGAGGUUUAAAGGUAGCGUAGUAUUCUCUUUUUGAAGUAGUGCGUCAUAUAAUUGGCAUCAUGAACUUGGAUCAUUCAGCGUUGGCUUUUAU